GCCCCUGCUGCAUUUGCAGGAUGAGAACCAGAGCUGUCCUGGCUGUGGCCUAGGGGCAAGAAAUGGUACCAUCCACAGCAGGACAGGUGCUCAGCAGGUGCUCGCCUUCGGCUUGGGCUGGGGACCCGGAUGUUUCUAAUCUGUCAUAAUUAAUAGAGCUGGUGACAGUUCUGAUGGCUGAUUAGCCACAGGAUCACAUUCUGGGCCUGUAAUUUAUCCCCCUCAGUGGCCCUUGGCAGCAAGAUCAAGCUUGGUGCUGAGAAUCAAAGAUCAAUCUGACAAGGGGGGAAAUUCAAGUUCAGGAAGUUGAAGUUUGGAGGAAAGCAAUUGGUGGCCUCACCCCAGCCUGUGGUAUCCAGACCCAGGGUGGUCACCAAGGAGGGAGCAGGUCACACUUGUGGGGAGCUUUUGAUCUUGGGGUCACAGGUCUUAAUACAACCCAUGAGGUGAGGAAGCUAGUUCUAGUUCACAGAAACAGAAACAAGCUCAUGGGGCUCAAACUUCAUGCCUGCGUGGCUCUGGUAAAUACUGGGUCUGGUUUGAAUCCAGGUUGGAUGGACUCCAGAGCAGUGGGUUUCUCCCAAAUAGCCUGUUCCCUUAUUCAACCUUAAUUUUCCUUGGAAGAUUUGGCCCAAACCCUAGGUCUUUUGCGUCUUUUAAAUUGUUCUCACCAACAUCCAGGAGAGUGGCUCUGCUUCCCGGAUCCUGCCACACCAAAGGUCUGUCUGUGCGCACUCUCUCGGUCACCUUCUCUCUCCUUGUCCUCUUAUUCCAUUCUCUGGCCCCCGAUGAAGGCUGAGUCAGAGACGCUUCCCCUUGGCUCCCACUGCCUUCCAUGGGGGCCCCUCCUUGGCUGUAUCCGUUUGUUCGUUCGUCACUCCCAUAAGUCCUCUCCGCCCCCCUCCUGGGGCGGGGAGCCCAGAGGCUGGGGGAGGGGGUGGACUUUUGGCCUGUUUCUUUUAUUCCCUCCAUCUCUUCGCCAACAGCUGCCCAGUGCUCUAGGCUCAUUCCUCUGCCCGGACCUUCCGGGAAGCAGAGACCCAGAGAGAGAGGGCUGACGACAGAAACCGGGAGACAGACCUGGGUCCACACAGCAGCUGGCCCCCCUUCCUCUCUCCCCAGCCUGCCUUAACAUCCCAACUUAGCCAAAACCCCUCAAGUUCUUGCGGGGCUCAGCCCCUCCCCUUCUCUGGGGCCCCCGGCGCCCCUCGGGGCCCUGCAUCCCACCAUGUCAGUGGCCGUGGAGACCUUCGGCUUCUUCAUGGCAGCGCUGGGGCUGCUGAUGCUGGGGGUGACCCUGCCACACAGCUACUGGCGAGUGUCCACCGUGCACGGGAACGUCAUCACCACCAAUACCAUCUUCGAGAACCUCUGGUUUAGCUGUGCCACCGACUCCAUGGGAGUCUACAACUGCCGGGAGUUCCCGUCCUUGCUGGCCCUCUCUGGGUACAUCCAGGCCUGCCGGGCGCUCAUGAUCACCGCCAUCUUCCUGGGCUUCCUGGGCCUCUUCCUAGGCAUGGUGGGGCUGCGCUGCGUAAACAUUGGGAGCAUGGAGCUCUCCCGGAAGGCCAAGCUGGCGGCCGCUGCGGGGGCCCUCCACAUAUUGGCUGGUUUCUGCGGGAUGGUGGCCAUCUCCUGGUACGCCUUCAACAUCACCCAGGAAUUUUUCGACCCCGUGUAUGCAGGGACCAAGUACGAGCUGGGCCCUGCCCUCUACCUGGGCUGGAGCGCCUCCCUGCUCGCCAUCCUGGGCGGCUUCUGCCUCGGCUCCGGCUGCUGCCACUCUCCCGACGCGGCCCCGGCCCCCAGGCUCCCCUACGAGGCCUCCGCGGUGCGGUCCCCCGGCCUCACUGGCCGCCUGCGCCCCGCGGCCUCGGACGAAGGCGACAGCACCUUUGGCAAGUACGGGAAGAACGCUUACGUGUAGGACGCCAGUGGACCCCAUUCCCCUCCCACUGCCCCCAGCGGAGAGCGGCCCCCCAACCCCGGGCUGCAGGCCACGUCCCGACUCCGCCCCGUGGCCGGAAGCCACGCCCAGCUCUGACCGCGCCUCCGGCCCCGGCCCCGCCUCUUUCGUCUGGCCAAGAACCCGCCUCCUGAGAACUCACCUCGGACUCCUGGGGCAGGACCUUCUGGGUCUGGGCGCUGGUUGGUUAAGGGGGCGGAGGCGUCCCCGACCGUUUGUAUUCUGUAUAAAUACAUGCAUAAAUAAAUUUGUACUAUGAACUGUU